AUGACAUCAGCUGCAAAGUCAAUUUGGGGAUGGUAUAGUAACUGCAUCAGAAUGGCACCUGUGCGAACAAAGUGCAUUACCUCUGGUGUUAUUAUGGCAUUGGGUGAUUAUACAGCACAGAGAUUGGAGAGUGAUAGAGAGUGGGACUACAUUAGAACAGCCAAGUGGUCAUCAGUUGGUAUCUUUGUAAUAUCACCACAGAUACAGUUAUGGCUUAAGUUCCUGGAUAAAUAUAUUCCGGGUACAACCAAUGGACGAGUUGUGGCAAAGAUGAUUGUGGAUCAGACAUUCUUUGCACCAUACUUAUUAUGUUGUAACUUUGCAUCAGUCAACUUCCUAAGUAAUAAUGGACAUCUUGAUGUAGAUGCCCUAAAGAAUAAGAUAUCCAAUGAUCUAAUCAAUACCAUGAAGGUUGGAGUGAUGAUUUGGCCAUUGGCAAACUUUAUAUCAUUCAAUGCACUUAGUAGCAAUGGUCUUCCACCUUGGCUCCAUCCAAUGGCCGUGGAUGAGAUUGGUCGUCGUAGUGCCAUCCAAUUGUUGUUGUUGAACGUCGUGAUUGGUUGUGGAUAUGGCAAUGGUGUCCAGAAUGAGCUACAACUACCAAAGCUUCUGACUCCAGUUUGA